GCGUCGUCAUACAGCAAUCAUGCACUUCCUUACAGACCUUACCGUGGUAGUGCUGGCCGCCCAGCUGGCCAACGCCUUGCCAACCAAGAGAGCAGAUGCUUCGUCCAACUGGUACACUGAUUCUGCGUCGGGAGUUGCAGAGACUCUUGACUCCAGGGACGAUUCGAACAAUUGGUACACCGACUCUGCAAGCGGUGUUGCAGAGUCACUCUCUUCCGAGAAGAAAAGAUCUGACGAGAGCAACUGGUACACAGAUUCUGCUUCUGGUGUAGCAGAGUCUCUUGAAAAUGAGAAGCGUGAAGAAGCAACGAACUGGUACACGGAUUCCGCUUCCGGUGUUGCUGAAACGCUAGAAAAGAGCAAGAGAGACGAGACGGAUUGGUAUACUGAUUCUGCCAGUGGCGUUGUAGAGUCACUCUCUUCUGAAAAUAAAAGAGCUGACGAGAGCAACUGGUACACCGAUUCUGCUUCUGGCGUUGCAGAGACAUUGGCAAACAAACGUUCGGAAGAGUCCAACUGGUACACAGAUUCGGCUUCUGGUGUUGCAGGAACACUGGAAAAUAAGAAGCGAGACGACACGAAUUGGUACGCUGACUCUGCCUCUGGCGUUGCCGAAACGCUAUCCAACAAACGUGCAGAGGAAUCCAACUGGUACACGGAUUCUGCCUCUGGCGUGGCGGAGUCACUCUCGAAAGAGAAGCGAGACGAUCAGACAAACUGGUAUACCGACUCAGCAUCUGGUGUUGCCGAAACACUGUCAAACAAACGAUCUGAGGAAUCCAAUUGGUAUACUGACUCCGCCUCUGGCGUUGCCGAAACUCUAUCAAACAAGCGCUCCGAAGAAUUCAACUGGUAUACCGACUCAGCAUCUGGGGUCGCAGAGUCGCUCUCCGAUGAGAAGCGAGACGAGAAGACGAAUUGGUACACCGACUCCGCCUCUGGCGUCGCCGAGACACUUUCAAAUAAACGUUCUUCGGACGCGACAAACUGGUACACCGACUCAGCAUCUGGAGUCGCGGAGUCACUCUCCAACGGAAAGCGCGACGAGGCAACAAACUGGUAUCCCGACUCAGCAUCAGGCAUCCUCGGGACCCUAGCCAAACGCGCAGGACUCAACGAGGAGGAGAAGCACAGCUACGAGAAAGCACUGCGAGACUGGAUCUACUACGAUAUGCGCAACAAGGCGCUGCGCGAGAGCUCGGAGCGAGGUAAGGCGUUUUUCGAAUUCACCCCCCACCCACGCAGCGAUGAGGUGGAUCGGUGGCACGUUCCCAGUGAACUGCGCUCCCGGUUCGACGGAUCGAGUUCGGAUGCUGAGAAAGUUAGCUUAUUGAACUACUACCUGUGGGUCACGGGGCGCGAGCCCAAGUCGGCGGCGGAUCUGGGGUUCACACCGACGUUUGAUGAGCCGGGACUCACAGAGGAGAACGAGGUUGGGUUUGGGUAUGCGCUUGCGGGGCAGCAUCAAUAUCAUUGCGUUGAUUUCGUGGCGGAUGCGGUUGACAUUGGAAAGGCAAAUCUCAAUGAUUUUUAUUUGAAGCAUGUCAUUCAUUGCUUGGGGUUGUUGAAAUGGCUGUCACCGCAACUGACACAGAAACAACCGACCAGCUUCCUGCUUGGGCCCGCGGAGAGGAGACUUCUUGAGAACUAUAAGCAAACGAUAGAUUGA